UUUAAUAAAAGGCCCUUUGCACGUGUCCCCUAUGUGACAUUACACAUUUGAACCUUUUUUCUCCUAGUAUGGACGUUGAAUGGCUUUCUGACCUCUACCGAAGGGCGCACAGCUCCUGACAGCGUGAGGGAAAGGCGAAUCUUAUGAAUGGCUUGAUUGAUAGAUACAGAUAAAGAGGCAGGGUCUGGUUUGCAGGUGGAGGGAGGAGGGGAUUCUUGUGGUCACCAUAAAAAAAAAGCCUGAACAUAUAGGCUUGUGCAAAGCUCUUUCAUUGGUGGAGACGUAUUCAAUGAAAAACGUGAUUUCAUUAGCUGUAGCUGAGCAGGAUUGGCAAAGUAUUGGUAGAAUUCUUUCUAACGCUGUCUCCCAUGGGGUAACAGAUGCCUCCACGUGUUGCCAUAGAGUCGUUACACCGUAUAGUAUCCCAAAGCAAUAUUAGAGUACUGCAAUGAGUCGCAUAAUAGUGUGUAAAAUGUCAGGUUUUGGGUGUGCUCUCAUGUAGGCUGAAGCGAGUGGAUAUACUGUAUAUCUGAGGGCAUGUAAAACUGAAGUCUGGAGGCUCCCAGCUCGUCAUGCUAAGGAAUCCAUUGAGAGAAUUUCGCAGCGUUAGUCAUCGCAACAACUAUCCGCAGUGUGUGUAGUCGCCUAUAGCUUCCCUUGCACCUCUUGCACUGGAGAUCCACAGUGGGCACCGUGCAGGGCUUGCCUUCAGACGCACUGUGUAUCGGUGCAGUGCGUGCGUGAUUUCUGCCUGUACCCACCCGCAGAGGUUUAACACAGUCCACCGGCAUGGUCACAUGCCGGUUGGGUCGGUGGCGGUGUGCUGGUGGGUGCCCGGGUCAUUAGGGUGUUUGCGCAGGACGUGGCGAGCCGACGCCAGUGACCGGGCAGGUGAUGUUUGCUCACGUAAGCCGCUCGCGUUUGAUGAGGGGCGCAGGGGACGCGGCUGGAGGGUGCGCGCUACUGUUGCAUCGCCUCACCGGAUAACUGCUGCUAUCUCAUCCUGUCCGUCUGUUCGUCCCCGGUUUUCUUUACUCUUUUUUAUUUUGCUAAUCGAGUAAGGGAUUUACAGCAUUGGAACUCUUUUGACGACCGAAAUAAGUGGAUAAAAGGACCCGACCUUGCGUGUGCGUGGAGUGCGUAUCGUUUUUUGUGAUUCCCCUGUACGCGCAAGCUGCUUUUUUCCUUCAAGAGAGGCAAUGCGCCCACCCAUGCGAUGCUAGCCUAUUAGCUAGAGAGAGAGAGAGAGAGAGAGAGAGAGAGAGAGAGAGAGAGAGAGAGAGAGAGAGGUUUCAGUCCUGGAUUCGAGAGGAGGCUAAUUUACGAGUCUUGUUUUGCCUUUCAGGAAAAGGGGAGAUAAGAGGGGGAGGGUGGUUGGUGAAGGAGAAUGCAGCAAUCACAUUUUUAAGCAUGCAGAAGCGGGCUGUUUCCGGUUCCUAGGCUGGUGUGUCCCCCCAUCCGAGGCCAGCAGCCGUAUGGGGAAAGCAGCGGCAGACACAGAUGGCAUGGACACUUCCACAAGGUCUGCCGCUCUGCCCUGCCUGCUCUGCCGGAGCCCGUUCGCCGCCGUCUCUCUCUUCCAGCUCGCUCCGCCGCCCAGCAGCACUGCAGCACAGCACAGGCUGACGGCAUGAGGCUUGAUCCAGUGCAUUUCUCCAUGCUGGUCAUCGGGGUCUCCUUCGCCUGUUACGCCCCGAGUCUCAACUCCCUUCAGGACCAGGCGUACCGAUCAGCCGUGGUCAUCGAGGGCGAGGUGCGCUCCUCCCCGGAGAACGUCUCCUCCCGGGAGCCCUACAGUGUGAAUGUCAAAGUGCUGGACGUGUGGCCCGUCAACAGCGGCGGCCUCGAGAGGGAGCAGCUCGUGACCGUCGGGGACUUCGGUUCCGAGGCCCCGUGUACCACGGUGGAGAAGGACCACAGAUAUAUCUUUUUCAUGGACCCGACGGCCGAGCCCUUGGUAUUCAAGGCAUCGUACGCCCCUGUGGACGCCAGUGAGCCGGAGCUGAAGAAGGAGGUGGAGAGAGUGUUGUGCGAGGACUGCGCCUCUGCUCCCAAACUGCGACUGAUGCGAGGACAGUCCCUCCUCGAAGGGGACAAGCUGUACUUGAAGUGCGAGGCGUCGGGAAACCCCAGCCCUUCCUUCCGCUGGUACAAAGAUGGACAUGAGCUUCAAAAAGGCAGAGACCUCAAAAUAAAGACCAACAAAAAAAACUCAAAGGUGCAGAUCAGUCGCGUCCGGGUGGAAGACUCUGGAAACUACACCUGUGUGGCUGAAAACUCAUUAGGACAAGAAAACGUCACAAGUAUAAUCAGCGUACAGAUCUUGACCACAACCACUCCGCCACCAGGCGUGAGUCACGCAAGGCCCUGCCUCGAGUCGGACAAGGCUUACUGCGUCAACGGAGGAGACUGUUACAUCAUACAUGGUAUUAACCAGCUGUCCUGCAAGUGUCCUAAUGACUAUACGGGGGAUCGCUGUCAAAACUCCGUCAUGGCCGAUUUCUACAACAUUCUCAGAAUUGAAUUUAUAGAGGCUGAGGAGCUCUACCAGCGGCGGGUGCUGACUAUCACAGGCAUCUGUGUGGCGUUGUUGGUGGUUGGCAUCGUUUGUGUGGUGGCCUACUGCAAAACUAAGAAGCGGAGGAAGAAGAUGCAGAGUCACCUACACCAGAACCAGAAUCCGUGUGUGGAGCAACCCAACCGUAUGUUGGCCAACGGGCCCAACCACCCUGGCCCCGGUCCUGAGGAGAUUCCCAUGGCUGAUUACAUCUCUAAAAGCGUCCCUACGACGGAGUGUGUGAUCAGCCAUGGAGCCGAGGGUGCAGGCAACUACGCAGGCAGCCGAAUGUCUACCCGCUCCCACCACUCUACCACUGCCUCACAUGCUUCCAGACACGAGGAGCAGACGUGGAGCAUGGAGCGAACAGAGAGCAUGAACUCAGACUGCCAGUCAGGUGGGCUUUCCAGCUCUGUGGGAACCAGUAAGUGCAGCAGCCCAGCAUGCAUGGCGAGGAGGGCUGCCCACUGGGGCUGCACGGAUAUAUCCGGACCAGGGAUGCAGUACGGGGACUCCUAUGACUCACUGAGAGACUCACCUCACAGUGACAGGUAUGUGUCGGCGCUGACCACGCCAGCACGGUUGUCUCCAGUGGAGUUCCACUAUCCCCCGCUGCCGCCCCAGGUGCCCACCUUCCAGAUCACCUCGCCCAACACAAGCCACGCCCUCUCCCUGCCCCCCGCCGCUGCCGCCUACCACAGAGAUGAUGACCAGCCGCUGCUAAGAUGCCCUGAUGAUGGAAGUUUAUACAGGCAGCCACGACGCCCACGGCGACCCUACCUGACGGAGAGCACAGGAAGUCUACCAUCCAGCCCCUACCGUCUCCCGGACGACGAGGCCUACGAGACCACCCAGGAGUACGCCUCUUCACGGGAACCCAUCCGGAGCCGGCGCCGCCCGCGACGCAACCGCCUCAAUGGACACAUCUCCCAGCGCGCAGCAGGCUUUCGGGACUACAGCUCACAGAGCUUCAGUCAGUCAGAGGAGGAAGAAGAGGAGGAAGAGGAGGAGGACGCUCAUGGGGAGAGCACGCCUUUCCUCAGUAUGCAGAACAUGAACGUGGACCCACCCUUAACUGUCCCGGGUUUCCGUUCGUCAUCUGGUGCGGAUACACGGACUCACCGCGGGCUGAGUCGGCCGGGAGCACGAAGCAACGGGCAGAGUCGCGGGUCCCAGUCGCAGCGCUCCAAGGCUGACAACAUGCCCCUUUAAGACUCGACCUCCCCCCGACACCCGUCCAUACACCCCUGCCACCCCCACCCCCUCCACCUCACACACCCCCCUUCCUUCUACACAAAACAAGUGGACUAGAGACCUGCACCUAGGAGAAAUAUUUUUAUUUUGUAUAACAGACAGAUAUUCUAAACAAAUGAAAUAUUUAUUUUCAUUUCAGCAAAAAUUGUCUACUAGCUAACAGCAAAGACUUUUUUUAUAACGGGGGGGAAAUAUUUAUAUGUAAAGUUUUUUGAUUUACAGCAUUAUGAGAGAUGAAAAAAAUAAGAGAAUUACGUGCCAAUUUUUUCACGAGUUAGAUAAAUAGAAUAAUAUUGUGGUGCCUUUUGCUGUAUGCUGAAGUCGGAGGUCCCAUUGAGUUUUUGUAGCCUUUCUUAUAAAGACUCCUCGUUUUUAUAGAGACCAACCCUCUUCCUUCCUUUUGCUUUGGUUUUUUGUCUGAUUUGGGAUCUUCCUCUUUUUGAACUGUGAUCUGAUUAUGUCAUCAUGCAAUAUUGAUUCCUCCUGUGUAAAAGGUGUCUGUUUACAUGAGUAUGAUCUACGCGAUGCAUUCGUUUCACACAGGGACAUUAGUCACUGACGCAACCGGAUGUGUAGGGUAGUUUUCUCGGAUGAUUUUUGAACGAAUCUUUCCAGAUGAACACACAUCGGUCAUUUUAUGUCCUCAGUCGCUGCCUGUCAGUCAUUUGUUGAUAUUUCUGUGAAAACAAGCGCGUUAGCGGGUCGUUGAAGGAAAGUGAUUCAAAGAUUCCUGUGUAGGUGUUCAGGGUGCUGCCAUGACAUCGGUGGUGGUUGCAGUGUGUGUGCCAGUGUGUGUGUGUGUGUGUGUGUGUGUGUGUGUGUGUGUGUGUGUGCCUGGAUGCAGUCUGUACACAUCAUAAUGCCUCAUUGGUUGGCGCCUCUGUUCACCUUCGAGGGUGUGGUCUCUUGUUCGAUUGACAUGCUCCUCCCACCGAUCCUCACGCUGCCAGAAGCUCCAUUGCACUGUAAGAACCUCCCUCUCCGUGAGCAGUCAUUGGCCAGGGAGCUGCCGAUCCAAAACCGACCUAAACCAAUCCAGUUGUAAUCCAGCCUGACUCUGGCCUCCCGUGGACUGCCCAAGCCCGCCCGUUUCCUAUGCCAGCAGCUUAGAGCCGCACUGUGUCUCAGGACUUCCCCAUCACAUCACAGCCAAAAGACUCAAAGCAGAGACAGCAUGCCAUCCAGUCACAGUUCAGUCCGCAGGCCAGAUCCACAUCCCCCUCACCCUCCUCCCCGUCCGUCUGUCACGUUUGUCGCAUCUACCUGUGGCCAUGAUUAAGGGAGUGUGGGUGAAACUCUUGAAAUCAGAUGGAAGAUUCAGUUGCUUUUUUUUUUUGUUUGUUUUUUUUACUCCUUGUGUAAGUGUGUGUAGCUGUGUGUGGGUCAAAAUGACGACGAAGACGACAGCGGUGGUGAAGAUAAGCUGUUGUGCGGAGACCUCAUCUUUUCGCUCUUUUGCAAUGCAAGGGCGUAGCAAGGAAUUGCGGGCCCCCCCUGAGAGGAUGUCGCUCCAGAUCCUCCCUCUCUUUUCUUUUCUUUUCUUUUCUUUUUUUAAGUAAUUUAAUCCUUUUCGGAAACUUUGCGGGCCCUCUCCAACUAGAAUCAUCACUACUUUUCACCCCAGUAGCGAUGGCACUGAUGUCCUGACGUGAGAAAUCGCUUGCGGGUUUGUUUUGUAACGGUGCAGGUUCACACUGCGAGAGCGUUUUUUGGUUCUGUUUUGAUUUGAGUCCGACUGGUUCUACUUUUUAUUUAGCUCACAGCCAAACAGUGCUAUAUGAUAAUACUGAUUACUGCAUCCUUGAUUUGCAUUCCUAUACCUUUAUUGAUUGAACUUACUUUGCUUGGUCAUACUGACUGAAUGAUCUGUUAUGUGUUUGUCUCUGUCUGCCCCUGUCCACCUCACAUUAUUGCCUGCCCCCCUCACCUUCAUGUCUUUCUCACCCCCCCUUUAACCGACCUUCAGAAGCAACUAGCGUUUGGACGAAUUUAGACCCCCCCCAUCUCCAGACGAGUACGCAUUACCGAACAGCACAUGAAUAGUAGGCUGUGUCGACAUUAAACGUGUCCGCUACACGCUAACGGACAAAACUCCUCCUCUUCAGACACACAGCGGGUUUAGAGACCCCGUCAGUCGCACUGAGGAAAACAAUACUAUGUCACAAAUACAAUACGUGGGUUAAUUUUCAGUAAGUAGUCUUUGAUUUUUGUUUUAAGUCACACAGGAGAUGCAUGAAUCACAGACAUAGAGUAUCUAAAAAUUUAAGACGAGCCCUUUAGACUCGGGUUGGGGGUGGGGUCUCGUAGUCAUAAUAGAAUUAGAUUAAAACAUGAUUUGGGUUCAUGGCACAAAGGUCUGGCUAGUUUUGUUUUUACUAUUACUGUAAUCAAUCUGGGGUUUGCAGCGUUGGAAAUACUUCAAGUGAGGAUAGUGUGCUUCUAGUGCUAGUUGAAUUGUUAACACUCACCCCUCCCUCUCCCACCCUCUUUCUCCUCACCCUGCACUCCCCCCAGCCCCUUUAACAUACACACACACGCGUACAUUUCACACAUACACAUCGACAUCAUACACUCUUUACACAUAACGAAGCACACACAGACACACAAGCCCUCAUCGGACACACACACACGCACACAUACACAAACCACGAGUCCAUCUUUGUUUGUGUUUGUCAAGCAGUUUGCCUUUGUCUUUUCUACCUACAGACCCCCCCUACCCCCAUCCCUACCCCCUCCCCUACUCCCCAUUUCCUCCUUCUUCCUCCCCCCUGCCCCACCCGCCUGACCCCACCCCGCCCCGCCCUUCCCUUUCCCCUUCCCUGCCUUCUCUCACCCCCCCCGACCCCUGCAUGUCCUAGUGGUACUGGUAGUUGGGUGCAUGGAAAAAGCAGCAAGCAAAUCGUUUUUUUUUUUCACUCGGUGAAAAAAAUAAAAAUGUGUCCUCAUUUUAACAUUCAGCAAUAAAAAUCCCCUUAUCUCAUGUCCAUUAUUCUUGGAAUAUGCUAGCAGAUUUUUUGCAAGUUUUAUCAAAAACAUACUACUUGUAAAAGAAGAAAAAUCCAAAACCACCCCUUCAUAUGAAAAAUAAAACUUUAUUCCUACCA